AAUGAAAGAUCUAGAGAUGUACUGAAUGAGACUAUAGUAGAAGAGCAUAGUAAAACAUCUAAAACUUUGUCUGACUUUGCAUAUGUUGAACACCAAUCUAGAAAGAAGAGAAAACAGAAUUAUAAGUCAGAUAGAGAUAUUUUGCCGUCGCCAUGA